AUGCGAUCGUACUUUCUGUUCGCACUGCAUUGCUUUCGCCGCUAUCCGCGCGCGCUCGAGUGCGCUGUCGUUGAACGAGUCCGCAAAAGUGCGGCUCACUCGUCGUCGCUCACUCGUCGUCCCUCACUGCUCGUCGCUCACUCGUCGUCCCUCACUACUCGUCGCUCACUUGUCGUCGCUCAGUACUCGUCGCUCACUUGUCGUCGUUCACUUGUCGUCGCUCACUCGUCGUCGCUCACUACUCGUCGCUCACUUGUCGUCGCUCACUCGUCGUCGCUCACUCAUCCCUAUCGCCCCUCACAGCUGCAAGUUCAGGCUGAAGUAGAAUCGCGCCCUCCCCACGUAAGCGAGACACAUGGCGGGGUUGGGGUACGUCCCUCUGCUGGUAAGCCGCAAUCCCCCUGGUUUCCCUUUUCCCCCUUUUCCCCCUUUUCCCUUUUCUCCCUUUUCUCCUUUCUCCCUUUUCCCUUAUCUCCCUUUUCCCCUUUCUCCCUUUUCCCUUUUCUCCCUUUUCCCCUUUUUUCCUUUUCCCCUUUCUCCCUUUUCCCCUUUCUCCCUUUUCCCCUUUCUCCAUUUUCCCCCUUCUCCCUUUUUCCCUUUCUCCCUUUUUCCCUUUCUCCUUUUCCCCUUUCUCCCUUUUCCCCUUUCACCCUUUUCCCCUUUCUCCCUUUUCCCCUUUCUCCCUUUUCCCCUUUCUCCCUUUUCCCCUUUCUCCCUUUUCCCCCUUCUCCCUUUUCCCCCUUCUCUAUUUUCCCCUCCCCUGUUCUCCCCUUCUCCGUUUUCCUUUUUCUCCCAUUUUUCCCCGUUCUCCCCCUUUGUUCUUCUCGCCUUUCUCCCCUUUUCCCUUUUCUCCCUUCUCCCCACUCCACCCCUUUCCCCCCUUCUCCGCCAUUCCCCGUUGUUCCCCAUUCUCCCUUCUCCAUUUCUCCCCCUUCUCCCACUUCCCCCCUUCUCCAUUUCAUUUCCCCCUAUUUCGCCCUUUUUUGCUUCUCCCUUGUUACCCUUUCUCCCUUUAACCCCUUCUCUCGUUUUCCCCUCUUCUCCCCUUUUCCCUAUUCCCUUAUUCCCCUUUCUCCCCUUUUCCCACUACUCCCUCUUUUCAUUUUCUCCCCUUUCCCUCCUUUUCCCCCUUCCCCCUUUUUCCGCUCUUUCCCCUUCUCACUUUCCCCCUCCCCUCGCUGUUGUCCCACGGUUCUUCGUUUUUCUCCCCUUUUCCCCCUUCUCCUGUUUUUUCCAUUUCUCCCAAUUUCCCCUUUUCUCCCCAUUCUCUUUCUUCCGUUUUUUCUCUCUCUAUUUCCCCCCGUCUCCCUUUUCUCCCUUUCUCCCUUUCCCCCCUCCUCCCCUUUCCCUGCUUCUCCCUUUUCCCUCCUCCUCCUCCCUUUUCCCUCUUCCCUUCCCCCGUCUCCCUUUUCCCCCCUUCUCCCUUUUCCCCCCCUCCUCCCCUUUCCCCCCUCCUCCCUUUUCCCUGCUUCUCCCUUUUCCCUCCUCCCUUUUUCCAAAAUCCUCCCCUUUCCCCCUUCUCCCUUUUCCCCACCUUCUCCCUCCACCCCCCCUUCUUCUCCCUUUUUCCUCCUUUCCUCCUCCCCUGUUUCGGAUGGGGUACCUCCCACUGCUGCCUGGGUGCAGCAGGGGGAUCUCAUACACCCAGGCUAA